AGCCCAGCCCGUUAUGUAAGCCUGGCCCCAUACACUAGACUUUGCAGAUAGUCUAUCUCCUUUAUUAAGAAGUCUGACGGCCAUUUCGUGUGUCAGAGCCAUUCCUGCUGUUCCGCAGAUUCGCUAAGAAACGAGGUCAUACACUUUAAGCAGUUUUGCAAUGGCUCAAACACCACUUCUUUCACUGCCCGAGUUUCACAAUGUCUCUACUGGGACUCUGGUUGUGAAAGAGGCUCUAAACUUCUGGGGUGGAGCUCGAGUUCACGGCAAGGACAAAAAGAACUCUGAGCCUGUGUACGAACCAGCAACUGGCCGUGUGCUGUGCGACAUGAUUCCUUGCGGGGAGGAAGAGGUAGAUCAGGCCAUAAAAAGUGCACACUCUGCCUACCUAAAAUGGAGUAAACUUGCCGGUAUGGAGAGAGCUCGCAUCAUGCUUGAGGCUGCACGUAUUAUAAGGGAGCGUAGAGAUCAAAUUGCCAUACUGGAAGUGAUGAAUAAUGGGAAAAGCAUUACUGAAGCUAAGGUGGACAUUGACAUUGCCUGGCAGUGUAUUGAGUACUAUGCUGGAAUUGCUCCGACACUAGCAGGCCAGCACAUUCAGCUUCCAGGAGGCUCUUUUGCCUACACACGUAGAGAGCCACUGGGUGUUUGUGUGGGAAUUGGAGCCUGGAACUAUCCUUUCCAGAUCGCGGCAUGGAAGUCAGCCCCAGCACUAGCAUGUGGUAAUGCCAUGGUGUUUAAGCCGUCUCCCAUGACUCCAGUCACAGCAGUGAUUUUGGCAGAGAUCUAUAAAGAAGCUGGUGUUCCAGAUGGACUGUUUAAUGUGGUACAGGGAGCAGCUGAAACUGGAUCUCUGCUGUGCCACCACCCCAUGGUAGCCAAAGUGUCCUUUACUGGUAGUGUGCCUACUGGCAAAAAGGUCAUGGAGAUGUCAGCAAAAGGUGUGAAGCAGGUGACACUGGAGUUGGGUGGAAAGUCACCACUCAUCAUCUUUAAAGACUGUGAGCUAGAGAAUGCUGUCAAAGGGGCUCUAAUGGCAAACUUCCUUACCCAGGGAGAGGUGUGUUGCAAUGGGACACGAGUUUUUGUGCAGAGGGAGAUUAUCAAGCCUUUUCUAGAGGAGGUUGUAAAGAGAACCAAGGCCAUCGCUGUUGGAGAUCCUUUACUAGAUGGGACACGGAUGGGUGCGCUGAUCAGCAAACCCCAUAUGGAGAAAGUCCUGGGCUUUAUUAAACUAGCUAAAGAACAGGGAGCCACAGUCCUUUGUGGUGGAGAGCCAUUUGUUUCUACUGACCCCAAACUCAAAGGAGGGUACUUCUUGUCCCCUUGUGUACUGGAUAACUGCAGGGACGACAUGACCUGUGUGAAAGAGGAAAUCUUUGGACCUGUGAUGUCCGUUCUGGUGUUUGACACAGAGGAAGAGGUUUUGCAAAGAGCCAACAACACAACCUUUGGUCUGGCAUCUGGAGUCUUCACCAGGGAUAUUUCUCGGGCCCACAGAGUGGCUGAAAACCUUCAGGCAGGAACGUGCUUCAUUAAUAACUAUAACAUCAGUCCAGUUGAGGUCCCAUUUGGAGGCUACAAGAUGUCAGGUUUUGGCAGAGAGAAUGGAACAGUGACCAUUGAGUAUUACUCCCAGCUGAAAACAGUUGUGGUGGAAAUGGGAGAUGUUGAUGACCACUUUUAAUUAAAGACCAACCUGUCUUAUUGCAAUGUGAAAAUUUUGCCUUUCAACAGUAACUGUUCUGUUGUGUACAAAAUGUGAACUCAUAGCUGACAGAUUAGUAUUCUUCUAUCUGAUCAACCAGAUUCAAAUACCUCACAAUGGUUUUCAACAAAAAUCAUAUUACAACCAAAGUGCCUGCUAAAUAAUUAACUACCCUUCCUUGUUCUUUCAUUUAACUUUUCAUUUUAUUAAUCCUUAAUUACUUUCAUAAUUUUUUUUAAUGCAUUUCUACACUACACUAGUUAGUUUAAGCACUAUUUUUACAUUUUGCAUAGCCGUUAUAGGAAACAUCUAGACAGUAAUGGAUGAGAGAGCAGGCUGUUGUAAUGGUAGGUCCACCAGUGAAGGCUAUUUCUCGUGAAAUGCCAUCUUUUUUUCUUUUCUUUUUGUAUCUUAAAAAAACACAGUUGUCUCAUUUGGAAAUAAAUCUUGCCAACGUUA